AUGCAGAGAAUGGCCAUCAUGGCCAACAUGGGCAUGCAUGUAUUUCACCCAGAUUGGCAAAAUGUGCGACCAGGCGCAAUGCCGCAGGGCAGGCAGUUCAGCACCACUUUCAAGAUGAUCACCAUGAAGGUGUACGGCAGUGACGAGGAGAUCUCCCUUCCUGUCCAGACCUGCACAAAGGUUUAUGAUGUAAGAGAGGCCUUGGCUCGCGCACUGGGCCUGGACCCGGAAAGCAUUCUCUUCCUCGUGAAGCAAGGUUGCAGCACCCGCAAACAGAUGUUGGCCGACGAGAUUGCAACAUUUGUGAUCGUCAAAGGUGUCAAGUCAUUUCGGCCAGGCAGAUAUGAAUGGCCCCAUCCGACUGGCGUCAUAGGUGCAGGCUACAAUGGUCUGAAGACCGCCAUGCUGUACACCAAGGCUGGCAAUGACAAUUACAUCGUCUUCGACCGCAAUGACAAGGUUGGCGGCUACUGCUGGAUCACUGCCGCCAACACGCAUUCCAAGCUUCAGACAGAGUUCGGGUCCUUUCACAUUUGGUGGGGAGAGGACCUGAAGACAGAGAAAUGUCCUUACCCAAGAGGCUGGGAGAUUUGGCCCAAGAAGAAGGAGGUCUUGGCGCACUUCCAGCAUGCAGCCGAGGCCUACGGAGUGCUGCCCAACUUCAGGUUCAAGACGAACGUAGCUAAGCUGGACAUCGUUGGGGAUAGGGACCAGCAUGAGCGGUACUACAAGCUCACGGUAGCUCCCGUUGACGGAGGUGAUUCCUCGGAGGUCAACGUGUCCUGUCUCUACAACUACCCAGGUUGCAUGACCAGGAACCGGAUUAUCGAUUACCCUGGUGAAGAUGAGUUCGGAGGCCACAUCGCGUACGGCAUGAAUGAUGAUUGCCCCUACGAAGAGCUGAAAGGCAACAAUGUUGCCAUUUUGGGCAAUGGCGCCUUUGCCGUGGAAAAUGCCCGAACUUGUUCAGAGCAUGCCGCCAACAAGGUCUUCUUGCUUACCCGGCGGAAGAAUCUGGCCAGUCCUCGGGUGCCAUGCUGGUUUGUGCAUCAGGGCCCAAUGCCAACUCCGGGCAGAUUGGUGCUGGACAUGUUCAAGCCGAUGUACGAGUUGGCGGACUUCGGGGAUCCCUGGGAUUACUGGUCGGUCCAUGCCAGCCAAGAUCGCACCAAGGUGAGCAUCGUCCAGAACAGCCGGUUCGGCAUUGGCGACGUGACCUUCUUGAUGGUCAUCUACGGAAAGCUAGAGUACGUCCAAGACACGGUGAAGAGGAGCCUCCUAGCCAAGGGUGUUUGA